GAUGGAAAUGGAAACAGGGCGGAGAAAGAUUAAAAUCGCCGCUACUGCCGCCGACAGCUCGUCGCAGCGAGAUGCGAUUACUCAGGGUUUCAGAGCCUGGUCUGUGUGUGUCGAAACCCAUCCCCCUGGCCUUCGUUUGAAGACAAAAGUAAAAAAUGAAGCAAGAGACAAGUCCGCAGUUAGCGGUGGAUUUUUGGAGAGGGCGACAUUUAGCUGUGAUGAUGCCUCAAAAUGUCGAGCGACGGUGAAAGCCGCAGGGCGUUUGCAGAAUGAGGAAGAGCCAGGAGCACCUGAACAGCCUGGAAGCGAUGCUCCUCCACCUUACAGCAGCAUCUCUGCAGAGAGUGCAGCAUAUUUUGACUACAAAGAUGAGUCUGGGUUUCCAAAGCCCCCAUCUUACAAUGUGGCUACAACACUGCCCAGUUAUGAUGAAGCUGAGAGAACCAAGGCUGAAGCCACUAUCCCUUUGGUUCCUGGAAGAGAUGAGGAUUUUGUGGGCCGGGAUGAUUUCGAUGAUGCUGACCAGCUGAGGAUAGGAAACGAUGGGAUUUUCAUGUUAACAUUUUUCAUGGCAUUCCUCUUUAACUGGAUUGGGUUUUUCCUGUCUUUUUGUCUGACCACCUCAGCUGCAGGAAGGUAUGGGGCCAUUUCAGGAUUUGGUCUCUCUCUAAUUAAGUGGAUCCUGAUUGUCAGGUUUUCCACCUAUUUCCCUGGAUACUUUGAUGGUCAGUACUGGCUCUGGUGGGUGUUCCUGGUAUUAGGCUUUCUCCUGUUUCUCAGAGGAUUUAUCAAUUAUGCAAAAGUUCGGAAGAUGCCAGAAACUUUCUCAAAUCUCCCCAGGACCAGAGUUCUCUUUAUUUAUUAAAGAUGGUUUCUGGCAAAGGCCUUCCUGCAUUUAUGAAUUCUCUCUCAAGAAGCAAGAGAACACCUGCAGGAAGUGAAUCAAGAUGCAGAACACGGAGGCAUAAUCACCUGCUUUACAAAAAUAAAUAAAGUACUGUUGAAGAAGAUCAUUUCUCUCUAUUUGUUCCUAGGUGUAAAAUUUUAAUAGUCACUGCAGAAUUCUGUAAUCAUUGAAUCAUUAGUGGUUAAUGUUUGAAAAAGCUCUUGCAAUCAAGUCUGUGAUGUAUUAAUAAUGCCUCAUGUAUUGUUUGUGGUCAUUUUAAAUAGCAUGAGCCGUGUCCCUGUAGUCAGUAGGGGGCAGUCUUGCUUUAUUCAUGCUCCAUCUCAAAAUGAAUUCGGAAUUAAAUAUUUUAGUGUAAGAUACGUACAAUGCUGGCCAUUUUAAAGGGGUUUUCUCAAAAGUUAAAACUUUUGUUAGGAUUGCAUUUCUGCACAUAAUACAUAUUUGCUGUUAAAAUUAAUCUAGAAAUGUAUUCAGUUGUACUGUGUGAACACUGCGAAGCGAAAUCAUAGUGCAAAAUACAUUUAAAGUGAGGUCAAACAUAUGUUCUUAAUUGGUAAAUAAUAAGCGUUAAUUUUUUAUUGUCUGUAUCUUAAACUUUGCAGUACUUUAUUGUUCUGUGGUGGUACCUAAGGGAUACGAAAAGUGUUGUCGUCACUGUAAAAAAGAGAAAGGACAGGGACAAAUGCAACUUAAUUAGUAAAAUGCAAUCCUUGACACCUUCUGUAUGAAUACAGAGUCCCGACCCCUUUUUUUUCUUUUGUCUCCCGAUGAUUAUGCCAGGGGCCGGGAGUGGGGAGAGGCUUAAAUUCUAGGAGUAAAGACAGACGUGGCUUGCGGUUUUUGAGACGAUCCCUAACUCACUGUACUACCUGCUUUUACCCUGUGUUAGCAGAAGCCGCUGUGUUAGAAUGUAGGAUGGCGUGCUUUCGGCCAAGUGGUAACUCGCCCUGGUUCGCUGUGCUAAGACUGUACAUACAACAGAACAGUAAUAAACGUCUCUUGUGUAGCA